CUGGACUUUGGGAAGGUCCUCACGUACGUGUCUGAGUCCCUCACUGUAACGGUACGGUUUCUUUUUUUAACGCGCUGACGGCAAGAAGUUUGGAUUUUGACACAGCUGAGGCGACUUACCUGUCAUGGAGACCGCAGUACAGGAGAGAGUCGAUUCUCACACCCCGUCGCACUCAAACGGACCGACAGAGAAUCCACACGAUGUGACUGACCCAGAGCAGGAGGGGGCGAAGGUUUGUCAGUACUUCCUGUCAUCCAGGUGCCAUUUCGGCGACAGGUGUCGACUUUCACACAGCGCUCCCAUGUCAGAUGUCCCAGGGGCAGUGAGGGCAGGAGAGACUGACAGAGACGACACAGAAAAUGAGAGGAAGAACAAAAAGAACAAGAAAAACAACAGAAAUGAUAAGAAGAAAAAUAAACAGGCUAGCGAGAGCGACGAAAAAGAAUCAACGAAAAAACUGCGCAUGCGAACGGCGGAUGACGUCAUCUCCCGGAUCCUGUGGGACGACUCGGUGGACCCGGCAGAUUUUGUGGUGGGCCAUCUGGACCGGUUCCUGGGUGUUCUGGAGCGCCCGUUUUCGGACUUCUCCUGGGACACACCCAUUUCGGACUGCGACUACUCGGAAGAGCUAGCCCUACCGCGACACAGGAUCCAGUACUUCAGUUACCGUGGGCAACGUGUCUGGGACCGGGACAGCCGCAUGGACAGGGUGUUUGGGUCCACGGGACAGACGGUGGUGCCCCCUUUUGCCACGGAGGACCAAGCACAAGAAAACUCAGCCACAGACGGAGAGCAGCAGGUACAAGGCAACAGACUGGAGGAACCGCCCAGCAACCAACAGGAAGUGGCCACAGAACGCAAUGACAAAAAAUACGAUGGUGACCGACAGGAAGCCCUGACAGCAGAGCAGGAAGCUGCUGUCGCUGACACAGGUAGCACUUCAGCAGGUCAACAGGAAGCACUGGGAAGCAAUUCCAACGUAAAGAGAUCGGGAGAAGAUCCUGGGCUGGCCCGUCUGACCGAAGAACUCAGUCUUUCCCCGAGGGAUGGACAGAUCGAGGGAGGACAGGAGGAGGAAUGGAGGGAUGGCUGGGAAGGAGAAGAAGAGAAAGAACACCUGGCCUGGGAGGGUUCUUUUUCAUCCUCACCUGAGAAACAGAGUGUUAUCCAGGUCAGUCCAAAGGACCAGCGUGGAUUUCGGCCGCCCCGUAAGCCGACCCACUUCGUCUGUCUGCGUGUGGACUCUCCCGCUGGCCUCCAGGCUUUCCAGAGGGUCCAGAAAAAGGUCCUGGCCCAGUUCCCCCAGUCUGAGCCUCACUGGGUCACGCCAGAAUCGCUCCACAUCACCCUGUGCCUACUGGUCCUGCAGGGCCCGUCCGAAGUCAGCGCUGCGGCCCAACUGCUCAGAACCACUGUUCAGAACCUCCGCAAACCCCCUGUCUGCCUCUCCUUUCCCCCAAAACUGAAGCACUUUGGCGGGAAGGUUUUGUACGUGGCCCCCCAGCCCCUGCCGGACAUCCAGGCUCUGAACGCGCCCCUUCAGGAGGCUUUUAGGGGACAGGGCUGGCUCCACCGACACUCGCGUUCCCCCAUCUACCACCUGACGCUGGCCAAGGCCGAGGGCUCUGAUAGGGUGUUUGAGGGAGUGGGCGUGGUUAAGCUGGGGAAAGACGUGAAUUUUGGCAAACUGGAGGCCAACAAACUGUAUCUGUGUGUGAACAGCACGCCGUGCACGGAGAGCGGAUUCUACCAGACCGCGUGUGCCGUACAGAUACCUGAACUGUGAGAACGGCCCAAGUGUGUGUGUGUGUGUGUGUGUGUG